UUUAAUACUUCAUAUAUGUCGAGUUCUUAUCGAUCAAAAUAAAAUAUUUUAACAUAUCAAACAAAAUAUGAGCCUUAAACCAAUCCCACUAACUUAUUGUGUGUGGCCAGUGUGGCAGCUCAACGCCAUCCAUGAGUUAGCUCAAAUUCCAAUACACCACCACGAUGAUGAGAUGAGCCACUUCAUCUUAUUGCAGCUAAUUGACACUGCACACGGCACACCCGUGCAACAGCAAUCAUCCUGCAAUCUUCAACAUUACAGAUUACCUGAUAUUACAGUACAAUUCACAGAAACCAGCAAAUUAAUACAGUAUAAACAAUCAAUCAGAAUUCAGAAAUCAGCAAAUUAGUACUCUCUAAUUGAUUGUUUAUACUGUACUAAUUCAGAAAUCAGUAUAACUUAGACCUGAAUGACCUAUUACACAGUUAUACUACUCUCUAAUCUCUAUUAUUGAUGUUUUCACAAAAAUGAAUCAAUCAGAAAGUCAAAACCUAUAAAUACGCCCAAAAUUUAACAUUCUUCUUCACUUGUAAAAUAACCAUGACUUACCAAAUCACACUCUCUCUUUCUACUUUCCUCUUCCUCACUAUAUCCCUCCUCACUCAUCGCAUUCCCAGAUUGGCUAAUGCCGGCAAAAUCCACAUUACCGACGACCUCGACGACGUAAUCGAUGAUGAAGAAGACGAUGACUGGAUAAACUGGGGCAAAAAAACACCCACACCAUCUCCCCAAUUUGACUUAAAUCCUUCUGAUUUGGAUAAAAUGGACCCUUCCCAGAUCCAAGCUCAGAUGAUCAAUCAUCACACCGGUCCCCUUUUCGGGUUUAUCAAGCUCAGAUUAGGCGUUCGUCGAACCCCGGAUGAGGUUUCAGAGAUAGCCAUGAAAUGGAGCAAAGUUUCGAAAACGGGAGGUUUGGAGGUCAAGUUCAUGGGGGUGGAUCUUAGCACUGUCAUGUUUACCAUGGAGGCAGGUCAAGACAGGGACGAGCUGAAGGAAUUCAUAUUGGAGCAGCCAGAUGCAUAUGAAGUCAAGAUUGGAGAUGUUGUUUACCGUAGACCUGGAGAUCCUCCACUGGAGGAGGUUAUUGAGAUGCUACGGGGAGAGACAGGCAACAGUUUCGAGGGGCAUGAGAAGGAUGAGCUAUAGCCGCAAAGGUUUACACAAUAGUACUGUAUGGCGUGUCUCCUCAGUCCUCAGCUUGGCUCUGCUCCUAACAAAGAAUCCUUAACACCUAGCAGUAGAUAAUGAGCUCCUAGCUUGUAAUUUUUCAAUUUUUGGGCUUGUAAUGCAUAGAUGACUAUUUUAACUAUCUAUUAUGAAUAGUUUAUUUUGUCAAGUGUAAAACCAAGGUUUUUUCUCUAAAGAGUGAAAGAACAAA